CUCUGCUCUUGGCAGGUGAGAACCAAGAAGUUCACGGAAUCCGUUUCACCUACUCCGUACUUCGUAACUCUGCCAAUAUCGUCGACUUACCCGCUGGAAAGGGUACGCUCUAAUGCUCUGGUACAUCUCGUGAGAGCGGCUUGGGACCUUCAUGAAUGCGAAAUUCGAUGGUCCGGCCAUUACUGCCUCAGCCACCGACGUGUAAUUUCGGUGCAGCUAGCAAUUUCCAGAUCAAUUCGCUCCCGGCUCAGGAGCAUUCCACACUGAGGAAGAAGGCCUUUUGCAGGAGGAUACACUUGAAUUCAGUCAAAAAAAAAGAAAUGAACCGCAAGCAGCGGCGUGCCAAGGGAUCCGGCAGCCCAGCAAUAGCCUCAGCCGACGACAUCCCCCUGUCCAAGCCGGACAGCCCACGUGCGAAGACUCAAACCAAAACACUAUUCGAAAUCGCAGCUGAGCGACAAGCAGAACUCACAGGUCGGUCCGACGGACGAGGAGCCAUCAGCCAGACGCCCAUUAAGCCUGAGAACAUUGUCCAGGUGAAGAUCGGCGACGAUGGCCGAAUCCAGCCAGAUCCUUCUUCUUUGUCUUCAGAGCUAGCAAACAUGCCCGAAACGCCGUGGCUCGAUGCGCUCCUCCUCGCCGCAUCUCUUUCAGCCAUCCACUUCACACUCGAAGUAUUGACCGUCCACCAAUACGCUCAAGACCUACACUUUCCGCCGAUUUUCGCGCACACUCUACUCGUCGCAUUUCCGACCCUGACAGUCAUGGUCGCGUUGUUCCACGGCCUUUUGCUGCCCGAGUCAAUCACGGCAGGCAUAUCGCCGAGGGUACGGCUUGGUGUACUCACGUUGCGCCAGAUCGCGUAUGUACUCGUGGCCAAUGUAGCGGGGUGCUACUUGAUCGCCCUGACCAACGACAAGGGGUACUACGCCGUUAUGAAGGACGCCCCGAGUAUAGGCACGAUAUGGGUUUGGGCGGUUCUGGAGCUUGGGCUGCUGGGCGCGCUGGCGGGUGUGAUUGGGCCGGGGGUUUAUGCGUGGUGGAAUGGCUAUGGAAUAUUCUAAGUUGCGGAAACGAACGUACUGUGGUAGGGGAUCGCGUGAGCUAUGGCCCAGAGAGUCAAUCCACCUCCUGUAUUAUUAAAAUCCCCAAGAUUACGGAGAUUGGUAGCCUGAGGUCCAGGUCGGAUCCGGGAAUCCUUUGUAAGAGGGGAGUCAUCAGGAGUUCGGACAUGGUCGGCCCAUCCGACGUGUGUAUUUCGGAGAUGGCAGGAGAUGCACGGAUCGAUGAGAAAUACUCCUCUUUUUGGAUCAUACGAGGCUUUAUUAGUGCGUGAGUUUCCGAACGACUCGAGCAGGUUGUUCGUACGAAGGCCCAGACUUGGGCAUUGGAAAGGCAGUCGACGACGAGCAUGAACCCGACUUGGGGCCCCCUUUUGGCAAGCAGAUGAGAAACCCCUUGGCUUGGCUGGUUGGCAAUUACACAGUAUAAUGGCCCAUGUAGGACAAAUUUGGCCUCCGUCCUACAUAACUGUGGUACAACCCUCUGAAAUGGCAAUUUCGCAAUUUAGCAUGACUGCGGGUAUUGGACUUUCAUAGAAGCACAUGGCAGUAUCGGAGAAUCCCGACCGCUGUCAAGGUCCUCAGUUUUGGAUCAGCCUUCCGGAUGUGGGAGCGUAGACAGGCGACGGGAAAAUUUUUGGAGGGUCAAAGGUGGUACGAGGCUCAUGAGUCAGGCCCAAAGGAGUAUCCGGGACGCCCAUGAGGUGGAUAUGCUCGAAUAAUUAUCGAGUAAUGGCACUGAAAUGGCAGUAUAGGCCAGAAGUACCAUCAACCCAGCUGGAAGUAGCCUCCAUAGCACGUGCGAAAAAAUUUUCAUGCCGAUGUUCGCAGGGCGUGGGAGGAUGGAUGGCGACAGCACGGAAGGCGUGCGAGGGCUACCACAGUAUGAGUCAGGAUGUCACCUUGCCGAGCGAACGGACUUGAAUUCGAUCUAGUGGGAAAAUGAUGGAAUCUGGAUAUUCUUAGUCUGAAGCAUUUUUGAUGCCCCGAUUGUUUGUGUAUAGCAUGUGAGUGUGUGCCGUGGCCCGCG